AUGGCUGAUAAGCAGGACUGGAGAAACCAAGAGGAAGACGAAGGAGAUCAGGAGAUUGAUGAGAAUAGCUACAAGGCACAAAAGGAUGCCAUCUUGCUUGCGAUAGACGUGAGCAAGUCUAUGUUGGAGCCACCGCCACAAUCGGACUCCAAAAAGGCAGAUCGCGACAGUCCUGUGCAGGCAGCUUUAAAAUGUGCCUACCAUCUGAUGGAGCAGCGCAUCAUCUCCAACCCCAAGGACAUGAUGGGCAUCCUUCUCUUUGGCACUGAAAAGUCCAAGUUUCAAGACUCAGGUGAUGGUCGAAGUGGUCUAGGAUAUCCACAUUGCUACCUGUUCACCGAUCUUGAUGUUCCUGCGGCCGAGGAUGUCAAGGCUCUCAAGGCCUUAGUUGAGGAUGGUGAAGAUGAAGACGAGGUCUUGACGCCUUCAGAUGAACCUGUCAGCAUGUCCAACGUGCUGUUCUGCGCGAACCAGAUUUUCACGACCAAGGCGGCGAACUUCGGAAGUCGUCGUUUAUUUAUCGUGACUGACAAUGAUGACCCCCAUGCUUCAGACAAACAAGCCAAGUCCGCUGCAGCUGUUCGUGCCAAGGAUCUGUACGAUCUGGGAAUUAUGAUAGACCUAUUUCCAAUUACGCGAGGAGAUGGAUCCUUCGACCUCAACAAGUUUUACGAUGAUAUAAUAUAUCGCGACUCUAUUGGAGAGGCGAACAUGUCUGAAGUCCGAACAUCAAAAUCAGGAAACGGAUUGACUUUGCUCAACUCUCUUGUCUCAAAUAUCAACUCAAAGCAGACGGCAAAGCGAGCACUAUUCUCGAAUUUACCAUUUGAGAUUGCGCCUGGACUUCGCAUCUCUGUCAAGGGGUACAAUAUCGUGCAUCGGCAGACUCCAGCCCGAACUUGCUACAUCUGGUUGGAUGGUGAGAAGCCGCAGAUUGCCGCAGGCGAAACUACACGCAUUGCGGAAGACAGCGCCAGGACAGUUGAAAAGGGGGAGAUGAAGAAGGCCUACAAGUUUGGUGGUGAAUACGUCUACUUUACCCCUGAAGAACAAAAGUCGAUGAAAGACUUUGGGUCUCCCCUCAUUCGCAUUAUUGGCUUCAAGCCUCGAAGCUCGCUACCUAUCUGGGCAAGUGUCAAGAAGUCUACAUUCAUUUUCCCGAGCGAAGAGGACUAUGUUGGCUCAACUCGAGUCUUUACAGCACUCUGGCAGAAGCUGCUCAAGGAUGACAAGAUGGGUAUUGCUUGGUGCAUCACUCGUGCCAAUGCUCAACCGAUGCUGGCUGCCAUUAUACCGUCCAGAGAGCGGUCUGAUGACGAUUCAGGCACCCCUUACUUGCCUGCUGGUCUUUGGAUCUAUCCUCUUCCGUUCCAGGACGAUUUACGAAACAUCAACCCGCCAAAUGAGGUAUUGCGUAGCUCUGACGAGCUUACAACACAAAUGCGAACUAUCGUUCAGCAACUCCAGCUACCCAAGGCCAUGUACAACCCAUCCAAAUACCCCAACCCAGCUCUGCAGUGGCAUUACAAAAUCCUUCAGGCCCUGGCGCUGGAGGAAGAAGUGCCCGAAAAGGCAGAAGACGCAACAGAACCCAAGUACAAGGCUAUCAGCAAACGUGCAGGUGGUUAUCUGGAGGAAUGGUCAGAGGGUCUAGCAGACGAAGCGGGCAAAGCUGCGAACAGUAAGGCGACGAAGCGUGAAACAGACGAUGAAGACGCAGACAGACCAGUGAAGAAGCCCAGAGGAUCUUCAGAUAAGCCAUCAGGCUCAUCGUUCAGCAUGGAGCAGCUAAGAGCGGCAAUUGAUGGCGGUAGCAUUACGAAAAUGACCGUGGUUCAGCUCAAGGACUUGCUUGCUACCAAGGGAAUAAGUACGGCAGGAAAGAAGAUGGACCUGAUCGAGAGGGUCGAACAAUGGGUAGACGAAAACUCUUGA